CCCCCCCCGUCCUCUCUGCUGUGAAUGAAGAGUGAGCUGAGUUGAGAGGGAGAGAACGAGGAGAUCGGUUCCAUUCAGCAGCACUGUCCGGUGGCAUUGGCACUCCUGAUAAACUGGAGCUUGGAGCCUCUACUGAUUCCUGUCCAUGCAACAGCUACAUGUGGGGUCUCUGAUUUGUUUGGGGGAAGACACUUAAGGACAGAGAGGCAUAAGGACAUUUUUCUUUCUCUUUGGGAAGCCACACCAGCUGCCAAGACGCCCCGUGCCGUGCUCCGAGUGAAAAAUGGGGCGGCCAAACUGCCCAAGCCCCACACAGAGCCUGGGGGCACCCCGGGCAUGUUCAUGGAGAGGUCCCAGAGCAGGAUUAGUCUCUCUGCCUCGUUUGAGGCUCUGGCCAUCUAUUUUCCCUGCAUGAACUCCUUUGAUGAAGAAGAUGGGGAAGAUGGGCGUAAGCUCAAAGGUGCCAUCCAACGCAGUACAGAGACUGGUCUGGCUGUUGAGAUGCCAAGUCGGACAGUGCGCCAAGCAAGCCAUGAAUCUAUAGAAGACAGUAUGAACAGCUAUGGGUCUGAAGGAAACUUAAACUACAGUGGGAUGUGCUUGGCAUCCGAUGGCCAGUUUGGAGACUUCCUUUCAGGCAUGGGUCCAGCUCAGUUUGUUGGCCGGCAAACGUUAGCAACUACAUCAAUGGGGGACGUCGAGAUCGGUUUAUUAGAAAGAAACGGACAAAUUGAAGUGGAAAUUAUCCAGGCACGAGGUUUAACGGCAAAGGCAGGAUCUAAAACUCCGCCAGCUGCUUAUAUAAAAGUCUACUUGUUAGAGAACGGAAUAUGCAUUGCAAAGAAGAAGACAAAAGUUGCCCGUAAAUCAGUAGACCCGCUAUAUAAUCAGGUGCUUGUAUUUUCGGGGGGCCCACAAGGAAAAGUAUUGCAGGUAAUGGUAUGGGGCAAUUAUGGACGAAUGGAGCGAAAGCAUUUCAUGGGAGUGUCAAGAAUACUUUUAGAAGAACUGGAUUUGUCCAGCAUGGUUAUUGGUUGGUACAAGCUGUUCCCGACCUCCUCAAUGGUCGACCCAUCGACAGGCCCACUCCUCCGCCAAUCUUCACAGCUUUCCUUGGAAAGCACAGUCGGACCAUGCUGCGAGAGAUCCUAAUAGUCAACGAGAUGACUCCAGUAUUUUUUUUAAAAAAGCCACCACCAAGGUUUUGUUUGGAUCUCUGACCUCGAACAUAUUGCAUGUUUGACCAGCUUUUCUGGAAAUUGAAAGUAACCAAACAACCUUUUGAGAAAGAGAGAGAGAGUGGGGGAAAAAAGGGGUUUCAUUUCUGCCUAGAAAAGUAACCGUAGGUAAAUACGCUAAAUCAUAUAAAUACCUCUAUUCUCAACGUUUGAUGUCUUCUAUUAACCUAACUCUGAGAUGGAGAAUACGACCGCCGUCGCGGUAUCUUUUAUUGUAGAGAAGGGUAUUUUCAUAGCUUUCUAUUAAGAACUUUUUAAAAACAUUCCUAAUGCCUAAAGAUGGAUUUAACUGGAAAAAAAAAUGUUAUAACCCAGUGGUGACGCUUUUGUUGCACACGCUCUUUAUUUAUUGUACAGUGAAUAUAUAUCGUACUGAUUUUAAAACUGUGCCAAACUUGCCAGGAAGUGUCUUUACUACUUGGUUAAUGCAGUGGAGAAAUCAUUUUGGGGGAAUGAAACACGCACCGUCAUUGAAAUAGAAUAGUCAAUAGAGUAGACUAGGUUCUGUACAUUGAUCAGGGAAGCGCUAAUACAGCGCUAUUGACCAAUAUAAUUUAAGCCAUUGUAUACCAGCAGAAUCUUUUAUGAAAUACUCCAGAGCAUGUUCUGAGCAUUAGGAGAAACCUAUACAGUAGCACUAGUGGGUUUUCUUUAACGGUAGAACUCCAAGUAUCCAUAGCAGUGAAUGGGUUCGAUAAGAAACACCUCUUCCCACUCCAGAGAGAUAUAUGUGCCGAUUCUAGAAUAGAUCCGUGUAGUACACGAACCCAUUGGAUGUGUUACAAGUUUAAAUAUUUAUAUAGUCAGAAAAAAAAAACUUGAAGAUUAGUAAAAAAAAUUUAAUUAUCUGAAAAUCUUGAAUAUAUAUUUAAAGAGGAUGUAUUAGAGCACCUGCUAUUCGUGCACAUGAAUAACAUAAUCAGAUUUUUUUUUUUUUUUGGUCCUCUCAUCACGGAUAUUGUCGAUAAGAAGAGGGCGUUUUUUUUCUUCCAUAAGGCAAAUGUAGAGAAGAAAAUUGAGUUGGAUAUUUUUGCUGCUACUUAGAAAUACAACCCCAAUACCAAAAUGAUAGUUUUGUGUAUAGAGGAAUACGAGGAAUAGAACACGUGAUUGUAUAUUUCCGAGCGUUUAUCAUUCUCUGUAUGUGCUCAGUUUAAUGUCUCGGGUGAAUGUUUACGCAGUCAUAUAUAAGGUCUGUAGAUGCCCUUGCACAAACACUAAAAUACUCUCUGGCAUCGUUUUAUUGUGCAAAAAAAACUGUGAUUCGACAUGUUUCUAAUGGUUUGUAAAACAUGAAUCCUACCUGUGUCUAAUUACUGGACUAUGUGAUUUUGCUAGUGUGCUAAACUCUUGGUACUCAUAACUUUAACAAUAUGUUUGAUGUUAUAAUGUGUUAAUAUUUGUCAUAGAAUUACCAUUGGGAUCACUUUCUGGUCCUUGAGUUCUUCUGUUAACAAGGUUGCCAUGAGCAGAAGGCUCUAUUAGGUUGUUGUCUUUAUCAGCCAGCUUGUGGUUGAGAUGUUCUCCUGAAGAUACAAAUCCCAACAUCUUUGGUUUUGAGAAUGAUGGAGGCUGUUCUUCAGUAGCCUCUGCUGAGCUACAAUCAGUCUAUCCUUAUGGUGAUGAACAUUCUGGUGGCUUAACUAGCUAAUUGUAUCAACACUUUUACAUCUGAUUAUGUUCUCUAUUACCAUUGCUUCCUGAAAUCUACAUUUCUAGAAUCCAGAGUAGACAGAUCAUACAUUUACAAUAGAGUAGCCUUUGUGGAACAAUAAGCUCCCUCACCUUCAAUAGCAGGCUAUUACUGGUAGAGCAGAGAUAGUUACACUUCACUUGAACGUUCUGGUGGCUUCAUCUAGCUCAUUGUAUCAAUACUCUAUUACCAUUACUUCCAGAUAUGUUGAUUCUUGGAAAUCUAGAAUCUAGUUGGAGUAUAGAUUUAAAAUACAGUAGCCUUCAUGGAACUACAAGUUCCCUAGCCUAAUAGCAGAAUAUUAUUACUUGUAGAGCAGAAUGGUUAAACUGCUCUUGAACAUUCUGGUGUAUCAACACUUUUACAUCUGAUUAUGUUCUCAUUUACCAUUGCUUCCAGGCGUCUAGAUUUCUACAAAUCUAGACAGAGCAUAGAUUUACGAUAGAGUAGCCUCCGUAGAACUACAAGCACCUUGUCCUUCAAAAGCAGACUAUUAUUGGUAGAGCCAAGAUGGUUAUACGUUUGGAGGCUUCAUCUUCUGAUUGUUUUAAUACUUUUACAUCUGUUUAUUUUCUCUAUCAGGAUUGCUUCCAGAAAUCUAAAUUUUUCUAGAAAUCUAGACACACCAUAAAUUAAAAAUAGAGAAGCCUUUGUGGAACUUCAAGCUCCUUAUCCUUCAGUAGCAGACUUUUACUGUUGGAGCCCAGAUGGUUAAACUUCUCUUGAACCUUUUUGAUGGCUUCAUCUGGCUAAUUGUAUCAACACUAUUACAUCUGAUUUCUUUCUCUAUUACAAUUGCUUCCAGAAAUCUUUGCUAUUCCGCCAUAGAUUUAAAAUAAAUUAUUGCUGUUCGGAGGGACAUUAGGCCAAUAACACAAAUGACAGCAGGAAAAUUGCAUACGCAGUUCAGCUGACUAGGUUAGAAGGGUAUUGAUUGCUUGUGCUACUCACAAGAGGAAGAAUAUUGAAAUACAUAAAGUAUGUGUCCAUGUAUUUGCCUACUACACAUGCAUGAAACUAGAACAUAGUCUUAAAGCUAAUAGAAAUUAUAUUUUAAUUAAGAAUAAGAUGACCCUAAAAGCAAAUAUAUAUCAUUUAUAGGUUGGCUUUUUUCGAUUUUACAGAGCUAUUGAAAUAUUAGGUAUUAACUUAUUGUCUGCACAGAACAUAACUUCUCUGUAUAUUUGCAUUUAUUUAUGGGAGCUGACAUCUUUCUGAACAUUAUUCUCUAGAUAAAAUUGCCCCUUCUGUGGUUGGCUUUGAAGAAUAUCUCUGUCAACAUAUGUCAAGAGAAUGUCAGAUCACACUUGCAUGUAUAUGUAAAUAUGCACAUUUUGAGCAAAUAAUAAUAUAUUACUUGACAUUAUGCUAAUACUAGGGUGCCAAGGGAGGGUUCUGAUUGUGAAGGUCUAUCUAACAGUAGAAUAUUCCCAUGUAUGAAAUACAUAUUUCAGAAUUAUCUUUGUUCUAUAACGCCUUUACAUGACUGACAAGAUGAUAAUACACACAAAACCAUGUAUAGCAUAGUCUUAGAACAUGUAUUCAUCAUCCCUGGUGCUUAAAUUUAGCUAUUAUUCCAUGUUCUUAUAUAAUCAGAUGCCUCUGAGAGUUACUAUAGGGUCUCUCUUAUAGGGAAACCUUGUCCCAGUCUAAUUCUUGGAGCCAAGAUUUAGGUGAUUAAUAUGGCAGCCUAGUGUAGGCAUCUGAAGAGCUUUCCACAUCAGAAUUAUAGUGUCAAUAAGCUCAGAAGGAAGAUGCCUACAAGAUGUGAUUUGUAGAGCAUACUUUUCUAAAAAAAAAAGUAGGCUGAAUGUUUUAUGUGCCAAAUAUGGCGUGGAAUGAGCUUUAUCGAGGGUAGUAGUUACCCACUAUGACAUCAUUUCAGAAGAUGGGUCAAUGGAGAAGCUUAAAUGCAGAUUGUUUAUAGAAAUUAUGCUGACUGCAUAUUACAAAGUACAAAAGGGCCACACACACACAUGAACAAUGUCACUCGCUGCUCUUUGUAAAGAUGUUGAAUUAUUGUUGCACUUUGUUAUAUGUUGUACAUUAUGUUAUUCUAUGUGGGUUUUAAAUAAUACCUGUCCGUACCUGUAGUGCAUUCAGAAAUCACCGGGUUGGUUCCGUUUCCUAAGCUUUUUCCACUACAAUUUCUGAAAAAGAAAGUAUUUAUAAAAAUGUCUGUCUUUGCUGCUAAUUGUCUUAUUUAAUGUUAACGUUUAGUAUUUUAGGAGAGGCUCUGACCAUAAUGGACAAUUAGGUCUCUGUUUGGUGAGGUAUCUCAAGGUACUUAUGAAACUAGCCUUCUGCAACCAACCAGGGUCUCCUGCUGCCAGUGGGUAUGUGUAAGCCAACCAUAUCUGAAUUGUAGGCCAUCAAGACUACAUAUCAUAGAGUUACAUGAGCUACAGGAUUAGCUGUGAUCUCUAUAAAGAGUGGGAUGUCCAUGACAAAAGGGCAUUUAUGGAAACCAUAGAUUGGCCAUAGUGGAGUUUUCACAUUUAGACCUUUGCCACAUGUAUUGAUUUUUGAGCAUUUCUCCUUUACAUGUAUCCCUGAAGAGUCCAACAUCAAAAUGCACCAGAUUGCUCCCAAAGGCCACUCCGUUGAUGGCAACGGGAAGCUUGUGAAAAUGGGGAUCACUGCUACUUAUGGAAGAGGCUGCUUUGACCAUUUGAUACCAUUUAUGACCAGUCCUUUAGCCUGUGCAUGAACCAUUAGAUGUAAUUCAGAUACACCUACGUUGAUAGAUAUAUAUAUAGGUAUGGAACCUCUUAUCAGAGACUUGGGUCUUUCAAUAGUUUACAAGAAAAAAAAGAAAUAUAGCCGGCUCUAAUUCCUCAUAAAACUCAUUAAACAUAUUAAAAGCACAGAACCAUAAAUUUCUGUACUCUGAAAAUAGCCAGAAAAGUCAAUGCGGAACAACAGGUCACCCCAUGUCCGACACCUUUGGUUUUUUCAAUUCAAACUGCCAAUUUUUACAAUGAAGUCAGCCGAUAACGCACACACCAAAUCCUGUAGUUGGUCCUGGUGCUCUGCCCCAAACCUGAAGCUUUAGGCGAAAACACAAUCAAUGAAUGGAUUUAUUCCAUGCUACUAAAAGUUACACGUCCUAACA